AUGUCUCAGGCGUCUGCCACCACGGUUCAUCCCAAGAAUGGAGUCCACAUGACUCUCGACGAUGUCAAAGCAAACAUGAUUGCGGAUGGAAACAUCCAUUUCCCUCCAACGCGUGUGGUGUCGCUGGAAAAUACACUCAGUGGUACGACUCUCCCCCUCAAAGACGCCCAGGCCAUCUCGGAAUACGUGCGAUCCUUUCCCGUACCAGAAGGACAGAAGCCAGUGGCAAUGCAUCUCGACGCCGCUCGCUUGUUUGACGGCGUCAUCGGCGAAGGUGUUGAUCUCAAGGCAUACGCAGCUUGCUUCGACAGCUUGUCCAUCUGCCUGGCACAGGGCAUCGGUGCACCCAUGGGAAGCGUUAUCCUCGGAAGCAAGCAAUUCAUUGAGCGUGCCAAAUGGUUCCUAUCGAGAUUCCGGCUGCCGCGUUUGUGGACUACUGCGCCAAGCAUUUGA